GAGCUGGUUGUAAGGUUCGCGGCUUUUGACGACACAACUUUGUACAUAUUUGGCUCACCGAUGUGCAAAUAACACCACGUUCGUAGUAAUUGAACAAUCGCGGAGAACGACCGGAACGAAUAUAUUAGUUCACGUACCUCGAGUGCAGGUUUGACGGACCCUUUUUAAAUGGAAUCACGAUGACGCGCGUGUGUACUUAUACAUAUCUGGUGGUACGUCCGGAGGCGAAAGAGGUUUCCAGAAGAAAUGGUGCGUAAAAAAAAAAAGAAAAAAGGAACGAAGACAACGCGACUGUUUCCGAUUCUGAAGAACGCUCGAAGAAUACCGUCCAGCGUGAUACAACUAUCGCGAAACUAGUACGAACGUACACUACAUCGUACCAACAAAUAUCGAAUCAAUCGGCCGGCUCUGUUAUCAAUUCUACGCCAUAUUGAUACGUGUAAUCCUUCUGGCGUUCCGUAAUCGAAUCCCGUAAACAAACGGUUUUGCGAUCUUGGUCGCACCUCAAUCUUCCCCAGUCUUUGUCCUCCCAGCGUCGCGAUCGCGUCGAAAGGUUCCGUAUAGAGGUGUUCGUACAAAGUGAGCUACGCAGUGCCAGUGCUCUUUAAUUUUUUUUUCUCGCGUUUCGUCGUCAAUUUCUCCACGACCUUGCCGAGGUCGAGAUAUCUCGCGUUACCCUGCGGUGCCCGGUGCUCGGUCCCGAAUGUGCAAAACGCACCCGGGUGAGUUCCAACUGCCGAUGACUUCUGGAGUGAGAGCGGGAAGAGAGAGAAAAAAAACAAAAAACAAUGCAGCAGCAAAAAAGCCUAGCUUCGCCCAUAUCCCAUGCUCCAUCCAUCGUCUUCCAUCUCUACCAGUCCGAAUGGUGUACUCGAGGCAGCAACACCUUCCCCUCGUACUCGUUCCGUACCUCCGGAGGAAGCCGUUGCAGUUCUUCGAGAUUUUCCGCACCUGAGACGCGGGUCCACGUGCUGCUCUCGCCUCACGGUAGAGAGGAUCGAACGCGCGGAAUAUCGCGCCCCCCGAACAAUCGGCAAUAAUACAAAACCGGGAUUUUUUGAUUCCCCGUCGAUCGUGGACAAGUGACCGCAGUGCGGACGCGGAGAAACCGACAGUGAGUGAUAUCGACGCGGUGCAUUCGAGGGAGGAAUUCUCGAGGGGUAGCUCGCCAUUUUUUUAGAGGAAUCGUUCGCGUCGUCGAUAAAGAUGGCGUGCAAAAACUGGAUCCUCGUUAUCCUGGGUGUUUCGAUAGCUGCCGCAGCUUCCACGUCUCCGAGCACAUGGAUAAACAUCGGUCUCCAGGGCAUCCGUCAGCUGGAGGCGAUGAGAACCACGGAGGUCUACGAAGUCGGGGCGUCACCGCUCUGCGGCAACUUGAACGGUCUCUCCCCGGGACAGGGGAGGCUCUGCCAGCUCUACCAGGAUCACAUGGCCGGCGUGGCGCGCGGCGCCAAAGCCGGAAUAACGGAGUGCCAGCACCAGUUCCGGGACAGAAGGUGGAACUGCUCGACGGUCGAGGACGGCACGGUGUUCGGACCGGUACUAGGAAUCGCCAGCAGAGAAACUGCCUUCGUUCACGCGAUGGCUGCGGCAGGAGUCGUUUACUCUGUUAGUCGGGCUUGCAGGGACGGCCAGCUGUCGUCUUGCGGAUGCUCGAGGAGUGGCCGACCGAGGGAUCUUAAUCGCGAAUGGAUCUGGGGAGGCUGCGGCGACAAUCUCGAGUACGGUUACAAGUUCACCCAGGGAUUCGUGGACGUUAGAGAGCGCGAGAAGAGCUACAAGAGAGGCAGCAGAGAACAGGGAAGAAGUUUGAUGAAUCUCCACAACAACGAGGCGGGACGACGGGCGGUCGUGAAGAAGUCAAAGGUGACGUGCAAGUGCCACGGUGUCUCGGGAAGCUGCAGUCUCAUCACCUGCUGGCAACAACUGGCGUCUUUCCGCGAAGUCGGUGACUAUCUCCUGGACAAGUACGAUGGGGCGACGGAGGUGCGAGUGAACAGAAGAGGCCGCCUCUCGAUUCGAGACCCACGCUACACCCUACCCACAGCCAAUGACCUAGUGUAUCUCGAAGACUCGCCAAACUAUUGUCUCAGAAAUCUCACGAUGGGAUCCCUGGGGACUCAGGGGAGGGUGUGCAACCGAACGUCCGCUGGUAUGGAUGGGUGCAAUCUUCUUUGCUGCGGAAGAGGUUACAACACGCAAAAAACUACGGUGAAGGAGAGGUGCGAGUGUAAAUUCCACUGGUGUUGUUUCGUCGAAUGUAAGACAUGCGUCAAGAGCGUUGACGUGCACACGUGCAAGUAGCCAGAGCCUACAGCUGCAACGGUCUCAUGAGCAGAGAAGGGGUGAAGCCCCUGAUUAUUCCAUCGAGCGCAACAAAAUUAGUUGUUUUUCCUUUAUUAUUUUUUCCGUACCCUGCGUCGAAAACUUGGAAUCAACGGUACCCUUGCCGUUUCUAACGUUAUUAUUUAUUACUUCAAUAUUAUCGAAAUAAACUUCUUGCCAAGUACUACGGAAAAGUAGGUGAAACACGUGACUUAUAAAUCCAAGCACAGUGUUCGAUUCUAGAAUUAACGAGUGAAUUUUCUUACCGAUCUUCGUAAUAUAAAUGUGGGGACUUGCUGCGAUCGUAUACCUGCUUGUCAGCCUUCUUAGCAACUCCGGAGGGGAGUUGUUCCGGUUGAUGCAAUGUGCAAAAUGGAAAACCGACUGAUUCCGAGUGAUCAAACUUCAUGAAAAAUCGUACUACUAUUAUUUUGAAGGCUGACAAACGAUACUCGUUAUUUAGGUAGAUUAUUUAAAUCGACAUCGAAUUUAAUAUUUAUUGCUUAGAAGUAGAUUUUAACGCGUUCACGGAGUUUCAUUUGAUCACUGUGUUUUAUAUCAUGGUAUCCAAGUGAACGGUCGAUAAUUUAUGUACUGUAAAAUGAAAGAAUUUUAAUCGAUAAAUGAGGAGGAGAGCGAUCUCCUUUUUUCAAUUCCCAUGAUUCUACGGCUACCGCAACUUCGUCGAUGCGUUGAUACCUAUACAGAGAUGAAUAAAAUAAUUUGAUACAUUCGCUGAUCUACAGCAUAGAAUAUCUUAUUUUAUCAAUGUACAUAUUCUUCAACUGCAUAUUAAUACUUAAACGAAUAAUAAUCUUGAAAUUUCAGUUGUCUGCGAUGUAAAAUAUUCAGAAAACACGAUGAAAAGUUUUCAAUACCUUAAUUUCUUCGUGCAUAAUGUUACACGUGAAAUCUCUCCCAGAGUUCAGCUCGGAUGAGACUUAUCAUCGAGCAUCCGUUUCGAUUACAGCUUUUUUCGCGUUAUAAUUGAUAUGUAGGGAGAGAGAGAGAGUUAAUUUAUUUUCAAAGAGAUUUCGGUGUUGUACACUGUGAAAUAUCGUCUAAUGAAUAAGACUGCACAAUAAUGCACUCGACUUCUGUCCGAUUAUUCAGAUUCUUACAUUGAAGAGGCCGUUUCAUGAUUUCCUCACGGAUGAAUCUCUUUUGAUUAUUCAACUCAUUGAAUUUCUGGCACUGUAGCAAGCAUCGCUAUAUUCAAUAGAGUCAUAGACAGCUGAAUCUAAUUUUUAAUUAGCAAUUGAGUCGUAUGAAGAUGAAAGAACGAAUGGUAUUAUUGAUCGUAAUCAUAAGUGUAGAUUUACAUAGUAUAAUACGUUAUAUCUCGUAAUCGUAUCACGUGUGGAUUUAUUCAAUGUUACAUCACCGGUCGCAUAGAUUUUGCCCAUUGUAUUCAUGAAUCCAAACUGUGUACUUUAUAUGUAGGUAUAGAUACCUGUGGAUAAUCUACAGGUUGAUGAAUGUAAGACGUAACCAUUAAAAAUAUACUUUAAUCUGCAUAUAACGCCCCA